GUUGAACAGGACCCCACCUGAUGCCCCAAGUCAACUUUGAAAUGCCUCCAUCAUAACUGGCACCAAAACUUCUCACACUGUCAACUGGCACCCCCUUCUUCUCGAACAAAACUUUAAUUGCCCCAUAUCAUAUUAUCUGUCCAAUUAAGUGUGGCAUUGAUUUCUUGAUCAUUAUAAUGGCCUCCUUUUGGUUUCUUACAGUACUCAUUGUGCCUCUGGUGAUCUUUCCUUUGCCUUCUUCUUCCACUCAGCUAAAUUCGAAAACCUCUCCUUAUCCUACCUCUACUUCACCAGCAUUCUUAACCAAUUUUCCUCCUAUACCUCCCUUCCAAGAACUGUCACCAGACAUUGCUCCACUACUGCCUUCCCCUGGUGGUGUGCUGCCUUCCCCAACCUCGUCCGUUCCCACCAUUCCAUCCACCCCAAGCCCGCCUAAUCCGGAUGAGGUGGUCGCAUCAGGGCCUGAUUCUGCGUUCUCGCCCCUUGGAGCGUUGUUGGCUUCCUCUGCAGCACCUCGAAACUUGAUGAACUUGGUUAUUGUUGUGGGGUUUAUAGCAUAUCGAUCAAUUCAGCUGUUUAAAAUGUGAGUCAUUUGGUAGCUAAAUGAGCCGAACCUUCUGAAAAGAGUAAUUGAUUCUAUGGUUCUACUGUUUCCAUGUUCAUCUUUGAAGUAAAAAACAUAAUGUAAGUUAUUAUUCUUCUGA